AUGGUAACAGACAAAAAUUGCAGCCCAAAUGUCUCUCAGGAUUACCUGCACGACUCGGCGAAGAAGAGUAUCUACAAAUCAGUCCAUAGUGGAGACGAUUGGCCUCGGACCUUCGGGACCGAUAAAGGGCCUAGCGCGGAAUGGACCGAUGGAGUCCAACGACUUCCCCUUUGGGAAGACAUUGCCGAGCUCGGAGUUACCGUCGACCCUGAUACGGCAUCCACGUAUGUUCAGGUAUUUGGUAUCGCCGACCAAAACCGGAGCUCCGCGGACCCCGACUGA